CAGUUCAGCUCCUGUGGGGAUGGACCACAGACGAGCAAGUUGACGACAAGUGUCUGCAGCGACAAAUUCAGCGAUAAUACGAGGAUUUAACGCAUUUAUGCUGCAGUAUAGCGGAAUAUCCUGCGGAACCGCUUGUUGGUGAAAGGACUGUUUUGUGCGUAAAGUCGCGCUCUGACUCUUAGGGUCAGUUGGAGAAGGAACAGGCUGUGGGAUUACAGUAAGGAUUUCAGGUUAGUCUGGAAUAUUUUCCCGUCUGGAUUCGAUUAUCGCCAUAUUUAUGCUGGAGAAGGGGUUUUAUUGGGUCUAUUUUGAAGAUUAAUGGAAGGGCAUAAUGCAUAAGGACUUGUAAUGGUUUGUCCAAGUAACAGGUAAGUUACCCUACUGUACUUUUAUAAACCUUAGCUGAACCUGCAUUUAGGCUACAGUAACCUGCUGUUGGACUUUUUAUUUAGGACACUCCUCACUUUACUGCUUUGGGAGACAACUAUUUUAUGUACCUGCUUAUGAGACCAUUUUUAGUGAAUCUACCCACCUGUAAGCAUGUCCAUGGCAUCGCCCAUCAGCUCCUGGACUGUUGGACCACUCUUCAUUCAUAUAAAGAUCUUUAAUGUCUGAGGAGCCUACUGUAGAAGAAUCUAUUCUGCUGUAAGACUUUUAUUUGGGACACUCCUCACUCGUCUGCAUAUUGAAAAAACUCAAGAAACUGGUCAGCAUAUGUUUGGUGAGAUCUUUCAGGUCCAAUAACCAACUUCUAUGAACCUACAAUUUGGGCUACAGUAGCCUGUUGUGAGACCCACCUGUAAGCAUCUGCCAAUUGCAUCAUUCAUCAGCUCCUAAACUGUAGGACCACUCUUUAUUUAAGGAUCUUUCAUGUCUGAGAAGCCUACUGUACUUCAGAAACAAUAGAAGAACCUACUCUGCUGUGAGACUUUUAUUUGGCACACUCCUCACUUCUCUGCAUUAUGAAAAAACUCAAAAACUGGUCAGCAUAUGUUUAGUGAGAUCUUUUAGACCCAAGGAUAAACUUCUAUGGACCUUCACUUUGGACUAGAAACUACUUCACAACAUUUGACUUGAGACUGCUUGAGUAAUCUUAUUUGGGAUAACCCUUCCAUGGAUCAGAACCACUUUUCCUGGGGCAACACCUUUAAGCAUCUGCCCAUGGCAGCCUUCUCCAGAUCCUGGACUGUGGGAACCCUUUCCAUCUAAAAACCUAGUCAGCGUAUAUAUUUGCUUGUGAGAUAUUUCAGGUCCGCAAUGGAAGUUGUAGACCCAGCCCCACACUUUGGAUCUCUGUCGAGGGAGCACAGGACAUUAGGAGAACCUGAGGAGGCAUGGAGGAGCCUGGAGCAGCAGAGUGGGACAGAUGGAGAGAAGUGGGAGCUGGUGGAUGUGGUUCUGUCUGGAGGAGCACCCUGGGGAUUUACUCUGAGAGGAGGGCUGGAGUACCAAGAACCUCUGAUUAUUACAAAGGUGGAGGAGGGGAGUCAAGCCGCGUCUGCGCAGCUCCAGGUGGGUGAUGAGAUUGUCAGUAUUAACGCAGUUCCCCUGAGUGGCUACAGACAGGAGGCCAUCUGCCUGGUGAAGAGCUCCUACAGGACACUGGCGCUGGGCUUAAAACGGAGGAAUGAACCUUUUUGCAGACCCCACUCUUGGCACUCUUCCAAAGUGUCCGAGAAUCCAUCUGAGGUUUGUGAGUCUGAUGCCACUGCUGAGCUUGCACCUAUCUGGCAGACAAAGUAUGAUGCAGGGUCACCCUCAGCUAAAGACUUCACCAAUUGUUGGGGCCAGCCAAAUCUGCGACAGGUGUCCUGCAAGUUCAGCUCAGUGGGAAAUAUGGAAAGUUUAGAGCGCUCCUCAAACAAGCCUCAGAUUGCUGCAGACCAGUCACUGGCUGUGAAGGGUCUUUGUAAACACGAUUCUUCAUAUAGCCCACCUGACUCCAAUUCAUCAAGGAGUGGUACCACCCCCACAGACUGCAUGUUUUAUUGUGGCAGCCCAAGCAGCCCAAGGCACAGGUACCUGCAGAUUCCUGUCAGUAAUGGUGGGCGGGUCAGCCCUCGGAUAGAGGACCAGACUAGCUCUAGAUUCUCCUCCUCUGGGAGGUUGAAUCUUAACCCUGUUUGGCAUGUUCCGGAGAAGUCCGCAGCUGCCCACUCCCCACCCCCACCUCCUCCACCCUUACGCAGCGACAGUUUUGCUGCUACUAAAGUUCACGAAAAGGGAUUAGUAAUCCCCUAUCCGCACGGACCUCCUCCAUACUCCCACCAGAAAUCCCAUGGCAAGGGUGCAGACCGGCAGUUUGGUGAUUACUCAAAGGAACGAGGUCCCGAAUCCCGAAGGAGCUACAAUGCUGCUUCUAAGAAAGAUGUUCUUCAUGUAUACCUUUCUCCUGAGGACUACAAUCCAAAUCAGCUCAAUCCAAACAAGCUAUUUUCUUUAUCAAGCACUGAUGUAAGACAAGGCCAAAACCCUUUUGCCUGUCAGCCUCAACAUCAGCGACAGCACAGUGAUGAGGGUCCUUUCUAUCUACAUCCCAGGAACACAACUGUGCCCAAGACACAGACUGUUGGAACCUAUUACCGCAGUCUGCAGCAUCUACCCACCAAUGCCGGAGCCCAGAACCACACCAGAAGCUCCACAGCAUCUCCGUCUUGCACAGCUCCAGACAACAACCAUGAUGGAAUGGCGCAUUUCCGCUACUACUGCAUUACCGCACAGCAGCCGACACAAGAGGCGUCAGAAGAAAGGGUGGAGGAUGGAUGGAGGCUAGAAACAGAGGCUACUUCACCAGCUAUUACUGAUUGGAAUUCUCAAAAGGCCAUAAAGGCUAAGUACCCUUCGCCUUACCUGCAGCCAUCCGAGAACAAAAACUCUAAUACUGAGUUCUGCAAACAAACUUUAAGUCCUCCUUCACUGGAAGCUACCUCUCCAGGACUAGGUCCUAUGAUGGUGAAAUCCAGUUCUGGGGAGAAAGAAAAGGAAAAUCCAUGGAAGAAGGAAUCAGGAAUUGCUGACAACCACCAGAACAAGCAUCUACAUAACCACCAGGCAAACCACCAGGCAAACUGUGCCACCACAGCCCAACGAAAUGCCCAAAAGGACCCUUGGUUCUCCAGUAGUGAACAUAAGAUCUGCCCACAGAAGACACCACUGUUGCACUCUUUAGCUCAAGAGAGCAAGUUUCUAGCUAACAGUAACUUGGUGACCACUAAUGGAAGCACCAUUCAAGAAACACCCGAUCCUUCAAGUGGCAAGCUGGGAAGGCGAAGUGACCGAUAUGCCACCACCCUGCGUAACGAGAUCCAAGAGAAAAGAGCCCAGCUUCAAAAAAGUCGGAGUGCUGCUGCCUUGAGUUGCCCUGGGGAAACUGAUGAGGAUGCAGGAGUCUGGAAGUCCACAGAGACCUCUACAUCUUCUUCAGAUGGCUCAUUUACUAACACUUACAAGGACCACCUGAAGGAAGCCCAGGCCAGGGUCCUUCAAGCCACUUCAUUCAAAAGGAGGGAUCUGGAACUUCCUGGGAAUGAAGCCGUUUCUAGCCAGGCGUCUGUAAAAGCAGAUUCUACAUGUGGGCAGGUUUUUCGCAUUGGAUGCCGAAAACGUUUCCCCAUGGACAAGAGGGUACAUUCUUUCUCAGAGCCGGACAAGAUCAAUGAAGUAGGGAUGGAGGAGAAGAAAAGCCCACACCAAACAUCUGUUGGUUCGUUCGUAGACAGAUGCAAGUUCUUUGAAGGAGCUUCAAGGCCAGCCUUCUCCAAACCUAUCCCGAAGAAGUCCAGCCUCAGCCCCAGUGAAGAUGUCAGUGGAGACAAAAACAAGUUGGCCUCCUUUGGAGGGGAAAAUGAUAGGAAGGUCUCUUCCAAACAGCAACUUGAGAAGAAUAAAAGUGGAACAGCAGCUGAGGAGCAACAGCGACUGGGCACUUUUGCAGAGUAUGAAGCAACAUGGAACUUGCAGAAGAAGUCGACAGAAGGAAGAACGUCCAGCAGGUAUCGAUCUGCAGAGAACAUUUUGGAUUCAGGAGCUGAGGAACGCAACAGUUCUGUGUGUAUCCAUGAACGGUCCAGAUCCUCUCCUUCAGCAGACUUCUAUGGUGGAGUGAAUCAACCAGCAGAGAAGUGUAUGACGGAAUCCAAUCAAGAAAGCAAGCUGGACCAGCAAGAGCGCCACAUCAACAGUACAUCUGAGGGAGGCCACUGCCAGCUCAACAUUUCUGAGCCUCUGGAUUUAAGCCCAGGAAGUGAUUCUGAACAUAAAGACACACCCACCCCACUCCACUCCAACCACACCACCAAAGCGUCCAGCCUGCUACCUCCAUACCCUCAUCGCCUCCAUCUGCACGACGCUGCGCUUGAGCGACUACUUCCUCCCGACAAUACACAGGGCCCUGCACCACCAAAGCCUGCCCAUCCCAGAGAGGACGUAUCCAAGCAGCCGGAAACCACAUGCCCAUCAAACUCUCUGGAAGAACUCCCAAGCCUGGGUCACUCUCCAGAGAAAGACCCACAUCCUGCUGCAGUACCAGGGCCUGAAAGGAGGCUGGAAAAUGACAAGCCGUUCUGUACUGUGGCUCCUCCAGCAACUCCCCAUUCCUCUUCCCCACGUCGCAGCGCUGAAGCGACUGUGGCCUCAGAUUGUUUACUCCAGAAGCUGACUGAUAAAAAUCUUGCCAACAUGCAGCAUGAAGAUCUUCUCAGUAACAUCUUGGAGAAUUCAGAGCCCAGCAGCACUGUGGUGAAGAACGUCCCCACGCUGGUUGUCCAUGCAGACAGUAACUCUGAGACAGAAAACAGGCAUUUUCUGGCACAAAGGGAGGUGCCUGGAGGCCCCGGAGGGACAGCUAACCACCAGCUAUGCUGCAGACCAUGCUCUCCAGAACUGUCCAGCUCCCUGUGCCAUGACUACACUCACCAGGGGCCGCACAGAGAUACAGACUGCAGCGCUUCAGAGGUCCAGGCUGUUGUUGGCGCCACGUUGGGAGACACAGAGACAGAGACAGAGACAGCGUGGCCAAAUGCAGCCUCUUCCGGCCACUCUGAGGAGGAUGAGAAGAGAGAGGAGCUGGUCAAAGACAUCAUGGGAAAGGAUAAGAGUCUGGUGGACAUUCUGGAUCAGAGCAAGAUGAAGACGACCAUGGACCUGAUGGAGGGGAUUUACCCCCAGGGGGAGCAGAUUCUGGAGGGGGCACAGCAGAGGAAAAAGAGUGGACCAAAGCAGACAUCUCCCAAAACUACACAGGAGAGAAGAGUGGACGAGAAUAUGGCUGCUCCGGUCUCCCUGGUCACAAGUUCCUCCUACUACAGCACAUCAGCACCCAAAGCCGAGCUGCUGAUUAAGAUGAAGGACAUGCAGGAACAGAUGAAGGAACAGGACUCUGAAGAUGAACUGGACAUUGACUUGUCCAGCAAAAAGCAAGAGCUGAUUGACAGCCUGAGCAAGAAGCUACAAGUGUUGCGUGAAGCCAGAGAGAGUCUACAGGAGGACGUGCAGGACAACAACGCUCUUGGUGAGGAGGUGGAGGCCACGGUGCAGUCCGUAUGCAAACCUAACGAGCUGGACAAGUUUUGCAUGUUCGUCGGAGACCUGGAUAAAGUGGUCAGCCUGCUGCUGUCCUUGUCGGGGAGGCUGGCACGUGUGGAGAACGCCCUCAACAACCUGGAGGAGGGCACCUUAGCUGAGGAGAAGCGCACCCUUGUGGAGAAACGGAAGCUGCUGAUUCGCCAACAUGAAGAUGCCAAAGAGCUGAAAGAGAACCUGGACCGGAGGGAGCGCCUCGUCUACGACAUCCUAGCCAGCCACCUGAGUGAAGAGAGCCUGGCGGACUACCAGCACUUUGUGAAGAUGAAGUCUGCCCUCAUUAUCGAACAGCGUAAGCUUGAAGACAGGAUUAAGCUGGGAGAGGAACAGCUCAAGUGUCUGAAGGACAGCCUUCCUCUGGAGCAGAGACUGCGCUACUGAACUCUACUGGAUCAAUUCCUUAACCUCAGCAUGCAGGAAGGCUGUCCAAUAUGACACAUUGGUAAUGUUUUAUGAGGUGCUGUCAGCACCCUGACCCACCUGAACCACCUGGGCUCUUUGAGACAUUCACAUGAUCCACCAAACUGUGUGUGGUUGGAGCAGACUAAUUUUUGAGGUUGCAAAAUGUAUAAAAGUAUUUUUAAUACAACAUGAUCCCUUAAUCUCUCACAAAUGCAAACAAUCCCUUUGGAAGUUCCUCACCUGGAUGCAGACACGUCCUUGGCCUUUCCUGUAUUUCGCAAGUCGUGUAUGAUGAAAGGAUAUUACGUAAAGAAGUAUUCAGUGCACCCAUAGUCUGAAGGAAAUGACCAACAAGAAGUGAAAACAUCUUAAAUCAAUCACUUGAUGUCUUAUUUUAGGAUUUGUCUGUAAUUAUUUCACAAAUUUACGGAUGAUUUAUUUGUUUUAAAGCAGAAUGAUGUGGUGUGAUUCACACCUUGAGCCACCCCUAAAUUACACACGCUUUACACAUGCAUUUCUAGGCUGGUUAAGAGAUACAGAACCAUCACUAAAAGUGAAUGAAGCAUGUGGGCUGAGGUGGUACAGUAAUAUUACAAGAUUUUACAUGAUUAUGACUGUGUUAUGACUGUGUUACAUAGUUCUCAUGUACUUAAGCAUUAUCCUGCCUGCUUCCCUGGAGUUACACAGAAGUUUUGGUGUAGUUUGAGUAGUUUGCUUGACUUUUACCCUCUGUUAAAACAAACCAAACUAUUGGGAAAAGGCUCCUAGUUAAAAAAAAACGUAACUGAACCAGAAUAAACCAAAUAUAAAUGCAUAAAGGUUCUUUAAAGGGUUCUUUAAUUGAUCCCAUAGAAGAAGAAAAAAAAGACAGAAGACGCCUAGGAAGUGUAAUCUGAGCUUUGAGACACCACUAAAGGACAUGCUUUUCACAUGCAUUUCUGGACAAGCUGAGAGAUACAAAACUGUCACUGAAAGUUUUACUGUGUAAGUUUUACCAUGUUUAAUGCAGUUCCACUUGCAGAAUCACACAUGUUUAAAUAACGUACAGUAUCUCAGGUCUGAUUGUUCAGUUUCAGUGUUAUGUCAUUUUUCACAACUUCAGAAAUGUUUAAAACAGAUCUUAUAGCUGCUCUUUCAUACCUGCAGCGUGCAGCCGGAGAUAUUCUGCUUUAGGAUGCGUUCUCACUACAGGAAUGACACACAGGAUGACACACACUGUGUAUUCUCUGGAAAUUUGACUCACUCAGACAUUACCUGGACUUUGUACUAAGGGGAUGGCGAGAUAAAGUUCAUGUAGUGUCCAGUACAACUCAUGCAGACUUAUGUACAGAUACAGCUCCUCCAGGAAACGUCCUUGAAAAGUUCUGGGAUACUGCGCAUUUGUGAUGAGGGCUUUCAUCUUUUCAUCAACAGCAUAAUCAGCUCUGAAUGGACCUGUGAAUAGAAUUUUAUUGCUUUUUGAUGGGAUGUGACAUUCAACCACUUUUCUUCUCAAAAGACUUUUCCACUCAGAGGUGGUGCAUUUGUAUUCAUUUCAUUAAUUUAUUUUUGUAGAGAGAAAGAAUCUUAAAUGAACUGUUUAGGCUUUGUUGUUGAACACAUUUAAGUGAUAUAUUGUACAUUCCAUAUAUAAUAGUGUAUUUUGUUUUUCACGAUUGUAUUAUAUCCUGUUUGUUAAAUGAAGGCAUUUCAAUGGCAUUGCAUUGUAGCAUUUGAACUGAAUAUAUUGAUACAGUGCAAUUAGCCUAAAAAAUGGCUACUCUUGGACUGUUUUGAGCAGAGUGGGAUCUGGUUUCCUUUGGCAGGGGUCUAGAUUGCCAGAUAUUCCAGGAUUUCUUCAAAGCUUCCUGGAAUAACCAUCAUUUCCUUUACUGUACGUCUUAAAAAAGACCUGGGUGGGACUAAGUCACUGUUCAACCACAACUAGAAUAACAUGGAUUUCAGAAGAUUCAGAAGAUCUUUAUUUAAACUCUGAACGCCCAGGCCAUGUCCUGCAAAUGUGAAUGUGAAAGAUAGCAAACCAUUAAACUCAUGAAGCAUAAUAUUGCACAA